GCCGGGGGCGGGAUAACAGACCGAAGGCGCCGACGCCUUCUUGUGGAACGUCAGUGGAGUCAGUAAGUUUCGGAAGGUCCAGCUAUCUUUGGAUUAGUAGCCUUUCGUUUGAAAAUGGCCACAGAAGAACUUUCCUCCAAGCUCAGUCGUCGGCUCCAGAUCGAAGAAGGAGCCGAGGAUCCUGUUGCUGUGGACGUCAGCGGGGACCAGAAUGGGUCGGAAGACAAACCGAGUACGGCCAAUGCGGACUCGGAGCUCGGCGCUAAGCUGAUCCGGCGAGAGGAGCUCAACGACGGGCAGGGUGAGCACCGGCAGCCCAGCAUGAAGGUCUUCAACCCGUUCACCGAGUUCAAAGAGUUCUCCCGGAACCAGAUCAAAGACAUGGAAAAGAUGUUCAAAACGUAUGAUGCUGGAAAAGACAACUACAUUGACCUGAUGGAGCUGAAGCUGAUGAUGGAGAAGCUUGGAGCUCCACAGACCCACAUUGGCUUGAAGAACAUGAUCAAAGAGGUGGACGAGGACCUGGACAACAAGCUUAGCUUCAGAGAGUUCCUACUCAUCUUCAAAAAGGCAGCAGCAGGAGAGCUGGCGGAGGACAGCGGCCUCAGUGUCCUCGCUCGCCUCUCUGAAAUCGACGUUUCCACAGAGGGGGUCAAGGGAGCCAAGACUUUCUUUGAAGCCAAAGUCCAGGCCAUUAAUGAGUCCAACCGCUUUGAGGCGGAAAUCCGCCAGGAGCAGGAAUCCAAGAAGAAGCAGGCCGAGGACCAGAAACAGAGACGCGCUGCUUUCAAAGAACUGCAGUCAGCCUUCAAGUGACCGCCUCCAUCUCCUCCAGGACCCCCGCUUUUUAUGCUGCACUAAUGUCAGUGUGUCAAUGUGUGUGUUUGAACGCUCCAUGUAUGUCAGGGGUUGUCCCGAGUCAAACACAGGCUCACGCUGCCCGACAUGCUGGUCACUAUGCCAAGAUGUAAUUUUUCAUUAUAGUAAAUUGGCACUGCUUAACAGGGCUGGGUUUAAAAAAAAUCGAUUUUCCAAUUCAGUGUGAUUGAUCUGAUCUUAACGAUUUAGAAAAUCCACGAGAUUGAUCUUUUAAGAGGCUCCAUUUUUUUUAAAGUAGACUGAAGACAUUGUGUAGUUUCAUUUGAUACCAAUCUAAGAAAUCCUCCAAAGUUAAUAAGGACAAAAAACCGGCACGGCAAUGUGGGCCUGUAGGGCUUUAAGUGUACUGUCUCUGCAUCCCCCCCUGCACUGAAGACAGCACACGUUCAUUUGUUGUCUCUAUUUGGGAUCAAUUCUUAACACAAGAUUCAUAUUUUCAUUAAUGCAGCAGGUUAGAGGAUUCCUUGUACAAUUUACAGCAUCUGAAUCUUUUUCUACAUCCAGUAAUAUUAAGUGAUAUAAUUGCUAUGCAGUAUUUUGGUGUCAAACUUAUGGAUUUUUCCCUCUAGUCGGCCUGCAUAAAUGGCUCACCUGUACCUGAUACAAAGUGCUUCUCAGUCUGAACACACAGUAUGUGUUGUGUCUUUUGUGUCAACUGUGGCCAAAGUGAUCCGGUGUCCAUGGCGUUGUAUUUUGUAGACCGGUGCUAAAUGCACGUUUCCCCCGGCCUCGGCUACUCUGGGUGUCAGCUGGUCUGAGAUAUAUCUCGCCACUCAUUCCAGAACUCAAGGUAGUGUUUAAUGAUGACCAAAUAGCCGAGCUCUUUUUUAUUGACGGCUCUGUAUUUUUGUACAACGGGGUUGGGUGGGUAUUGAGUAGAUUUUGGUAUGUGGUUUGGGAUGGUUGUGGUGGGGCUUAUUCUUCAGCAACAUGUCUUUUAUGAGCCCUCUUAAUCAACGCUUUGAAAUAUAUACAGUAUAUUUUAAAUGUGGGUCUUCCUUUUUCUAGUUUCAGCCCUUAUUCUUAUCCUUCUCACUAUAUUAUCAAUACCUGGUUUAUGUCAUUGUUUCACCACUAGCUGCUUUUUCAAAGAAUCCAGUUCAAACAAAUGAACAAGUCACAAACACAUAUGUUGGAACUGAUUGGAAUGCAACCAGUAUAGCCUAAUCAUAAACUAGGUCAAAGGGACGUUUCUUCAUUAAUUACGUUACUAUGUGUGACUUCACGUUUGUUGUCAUGGUAAUACUACUGCAAGGAAGGUGCAUUUU